AUGUUGCUGACGCUUGAAACCUUCGACAGGGAAUCCAAUGAUUCCAUAAUCGCUGAUCUAAGGAAAGCGCUCACGCGCUCGUCGUCAUUUGAAUAUUCUCCUGAACUCUGUCGCUAUUUGUAUAUCCUUCAAUCCUUCUAUAGGAAUCUUCACCAGCUUCUAGUGAGCCGCGACUUGCUCGGCAACCUGGAGAUGCAUACACUACCCCCAGCGCCUGGCCCCUGGGCAGGUGCCGAGACGAUGCAGCGUUGGUUACAGGCCAAGGUCGAAGAGGACCGUCGCUGUCAAGAAGAGGAGAAGACUCGCCAGGAGACAAUGAAGCUGGAACGGCGCAAGGUUGACCAUGCGAUACUUGUGGAUGCUUUACGUGCAGGCGUGCCACCACACCUGGCCCCGUUGGUUUUUGGGGCCAUAGACGGACCCAUGGAUGGGAAACCCGCUACGCCGGAGAUGCUACAGUACAUGGCAGAUAUAAAUCGAAAUCUCUCGGCGCAAACGCAUCAACCGCAAACACACCCUGAGGCAACUCACCCUACCCUUCCCUCACUCAGUCAACAAUUCAGCACACAGUCAGCAAGUGAACCCUUACGGGACAUCCACACCAUUCCUACCAAUGCCUAUGCCUCACUUGCGCAAACUCAAUCAUCGGGUGUGAGAAACAGUUCAUCCCAGUUGUCAGUUGGAGCGGGUAGUUCCAACGGUGGUGGUCGUGCCCCGUUUGUUUCAACUGCCAUCGCUUCAAAUACUGCGUCAGCUGGUAAUAUCUCACGUCCGAUGGAAUUGACCACGCAAAGCCGGUCAACCUCCGGAUUCCACCUUGUACAUUCCCUCAGUGCUCCAGCGCCGCCGUCGAACCCUGCUCGCAGUCAGCAAGAAUCACGAGCUCGCCGUCCCUCUCCAUCUAUCGCCUUCCAUCACUGGAUUCCUCCCGGUCAAUCACAAUCAAACAGAAUCCAAGAGGAUCAUAUGAUACCAUCAAAUGGAUCAGCGCAAAUGCGCCCCGAGAUACAAGGCUCUCCAGAACGGAAGAGGAAAUCGCUGUCUAUUCAUCAGCAGUUGCUUCCACCAUCCUCUCGAUCCUCCGGUGCAUCGGAGGUAAACUCUCGCUAUGGUCGACACAGUCCUGGCGGCAGUAAUUCCGGCCAGACCAGCGUACAAGGGGAUUCUCGACGGCCCAGUGAUGUAUCCAGUCCUCGAGAGAACCCCUCUACAGAAAAAGGGUAUACAGAGAACAUUCAAAACGCCGACCGGCUCCGACUUCCUGCAAAUUUAUUCACUGAAUAUGACUCUCACGAACGUAGGAGGCGGUCUACGGGUGACAAUGCUGAACGCGAGGACAGUGAUCGAGGGCCCGACCGAGAAAGUCAAAGGCAAUAUCCCUCUCGUGGGUCGGUGCCAGGUGCUGAAGAUACCCCCGAUCACCAGCCAGACGCGAAACACGGUACUAGAUCUAGUGCGAUGACCGGUUGGGGCGACAGGGACUAG